CCGCGUCUUCGUCUUGAUCCCGUAGCUCUCACUCUUUCAUGUGCUAGCCAAUUCUGUCCCGACUAGUCACACCGCCGCCCUUUCUUCUAUCCGAAUCCUAUCUAGUUUACUAAUUUCUUCCUUAAAAUGUCAAGAGCGUUACGAAGUGUUGGAAUCCGGGCGAUGUGAGGUGUAAAGGAAAUGAUAGCUUGCUUGCUCGGUUGUAGCUUGCUGGGGAUAGUUUCGGCCGUGGCGUGAAGCGUGUGAGGAAUGGGUUGGCGAUUUCAUGGAGAGUCCGUGGUUUUGAUGUGGUAGCCAUGCCACAGUGAAGCUGAAAUGGCAGUUUUGGGGGAAGGAUGACAAUGAUUCAGUAGAUCACAUUAAAGGUCUGGCAUGUCGUAGGGGUGUAGUGAUCGCAGAAUCUGGCAGUUGCAUAAACAUUAGCAGGCGAGGUGGAGACAGGAAGCGGAGCCUACCACGUAUGGUUCCGUGCGGAACCUGGUUCUCGUCGUGCUGAUUCUGGGUCUCGCGGUGGUGUUGAGAGGGAUAGAGGCCCAUCAUGAAGAUGCUGGUUGUGAAAUUCUGGGCGAUGCUCUGCGUGGUAACGAGCUGGCAAACCAUGGGCAUGGAGACCAUGGCUUCGUCGCUGGGCAAAGGGCAGCGGGUGACGUCCGUUACUGAGUUGCCUGAUGGGCGCGGAUUCAUUGCAGAUCUUGAGGUGAUUGAGCAGACCACUCUCUACGGCCCCGACAUAAAUGAGCUCCGGAUAACUGCCAGAAUUGAAGGCCAGUAUCGGGUUCACAUCCAGAUCUUGGACCGCAGCAAGCCCCGAUGGGAGAUUCCCGUCUUCCUUGUCCCACGCAACGAGCCACUCGCGAAGGGUCUUAAACAUAACCUGGAAUUACCUGAACAGCAGCUCAUCAAGCUCACAUACACCACCAAUCCUUUUGGCUUCGCAGUAGUCCGCAUCGCCAAUGAUGAGGUCCUCUUCAACUCCACACCAAGCGCCACGUUCUCACUCAAUGAUGAUGCGUCUCAUUCCUUCAACUCCAUGGUCUUCAAAGAUCAGUAUUUGGAGAUUUCGACUCAUCUUCCGAGUUCUGCGACGUUGUUUGGGCUCGGUGAGAGGACUCAACCGCACGGGUUGCCACUCGUCAAAGGCAAGACUUACUCCCUGUGGGCCACCGAUCUCGGCUCUACGACCUUGGACGUGGACUUAUACGGGGUUUACCCUUACUACAUGGACGUGCGGGACGGAGGGCUAACUCACGGCGUACUGCUGCUCAACAGCAACGGCAUGGACGUCGAGUAUGGCGGCGAUUUUCUAACGUGGCGCGUGAUUGGAGGGACAUUUGACUUCUAUUUCUUCGCUGGGCCGACGCCGCUCAAUGUCGUGGAUCAGUUCACCGAGCUCGUGGGCCGCCCCGCGCCGAUGCCUUACUGGUCGUUCGGUUUCCACCAGUGCAAAUGGGGUUACAGGAAUGUCACGGAGCUGAAACAUGUAGUGAAGAAUUUCAAAAAGGCUCACAUUCCCCUGGAUACCAUAUGGAAUGACAUCGACUACAUGCAGAAUUACUUAGAUUUUACCACUGACUCUGAGCGCUACCCUGAAGAUGAGCUGAAGGACUUCAUUGAGGAUCUUCACGACAACGGACAGCACUAUGUGUUAAUUCUAGAUCCAGGAAUCAGCAUGGCCUAUAAUAAUUAUAGCACUUUUCAACGUGGUCUUGCGGAAGACAUCUUCCUCAAGGACGACCAGAAUGAGAACUACCUGGGUCAAGUAUGGCCUGGGCCUGUAUAUUUCCCAGACUUUUUGAAUCCUAAGGGGAAGGCGUGGUGGGGCAAUGAAAUCGCGGAGUUCCACCGAAAAGUCCCCUUUGACGGACUCUGGAUCGACAUGAACGAGGUUUCAAACUUUUGCAAUGGCACCCGGUGUAAAUUCAACGGCGUGGUGUAUCUUGACCACAAUGAGUGCUACGUGGAGUGCGAGAAGCCCACAUCUCAAUGGAGCGAUCCACCUUACAAAAUGAUUCGCCAGGGGGCGUAUGAUAAUAUUGGUGAUAAAACCAUUGCUAUGAACGUCAAGCACUACAACGGCACUCUAGAAUAUAACUCCCACAACCUGUAUGGAUUGUCCGAAGCCAUAGCUACGAAUGAAGCACUCAAAGCCACUCGAAAGAAACGUCCUUUCGUUCUUUCAAGGUCAACCUUCUUGGGCUCGGGAGCACAUACAGCGCACUGGACUGGUGACAAUGCUGCAACUUUCAAGGAUCUUGAGUAUUCAAUCACCAGCAUUUUGAACUCGGGAAUUGUAGGGAUACCCAUGGUAGGGGCUGACAUCUGUGGCUUCGCCGGCAACGCUACCGAAGAGCUUUGCAACAGAUGGAUACAACUGGGUGCUUUUUACCCCUUCUCUCGAUCCCACAAUAUCAUCGGAGCUACCCCACAAGAACCCUACGUCUGGCCCCAGGUUGCCGCAACAGCGAGGUCGGCACUGGGCAUGCGGUACCGGCUACUUCCCUAUUACUAUAGCCUUAUGUUUGAGGCUCACAAUCGAGGCACCCCCAUCGCCCGACCCUUGUUCUUUUCCUUCCCGGAGGAUACCAACGCUCUGUCUAUAAGCAAACAAUUUAUGCUUGGAAGUGGCCUCAUGGUAACCCCCGUUACACUUCCCGACGUGACGAUGGUGAACGGGUACUUCCCCAAGGGUACAUGGUACAGCCUCUUCGACUACAAGUCCAAAGUGGAAAGCAAGGGCGAGCGUGUUGACGUCGCUGCCCCCUCGGACACCAUCAACGUCCACAUCCAUGAAGGCACUGUUUUGCCAAUACAAGAGGAGGCGUCGACAUCCGCCCAAGUUAAGAAGACGCCAUUCACUCUCGUGGUUGCAUUUCCAGCCGCCAAUCGCUCUGGGUACGCCAUAGGGAAGCUGUUUGUGGACAACGGUGACGACAUCGACAUGGUGAUACGUAAGGGCAGGUCUACGUUUGCGAGGUUCAUCGCACAGCAGUCAGCGGAGAGAGGCAUAUUGACAUCGAAGGUGACGAGUGGAGGUUAUGCCAAUCAGGAGGGAUUGACCAUCAAGACGGUGGUCAUCUUGGGAGCCAACAGUGCACCAACUGGCAUCGAACUCAGCGGUGAACCAGUAUCGUCAUCCGUUUCAUCGACGUUCGAUGCGUCUGUUCCGUCUCUAACCAUUUCAGGUCUAAGCUUGUCUGUGGGCGAUGAGUUUCAGCUCCAGUGGACCACGGAACUGCAUUUGAGUGGCUAGAAACCAUCUUGCUCGAGCCUCGCAGAAGUCUGAUUCGUCAUGCUUUCGGUAAUAGGGUAUCAGAGCAAUGAGAGUAGCUAGACCUUCUUCUGUAACAUAUUCGGGACACCGACAUUACGCUGAGUGUGCUAGAAACCUUGAAAACCAAAAUUGCAGCGUGUAGUGCCACCAUAAGAUCAUGAAAUCACCAUCGCUCUGAGCUGCUUCUAUAUGACCCAACGUUGAACCAUCUCUGCGGCAGUGGUUUUUCAA